CCGAUUUCUCUGCCGUGUGGAUGUUUAGACGAACCGAGGUCGCUGUUGUCGUUUUGUUUUACCUGUCAACCACUCGAACUUGUUGCGUUUUGGCUCUUGCUUCACCUCAGAGAUGAUCCGGCUGAGACUGAUGACACUGGCUGCACUGCUCUGCUCGCUUCCCAGUGCUGAUGGAGGGAAAGUCCUUGUGUUCCCUGUGGAUGGAAGCCACUGGGUCAACAUGAAGGUCCUCGUCCAAGAGCUCCAUUCCAGAGGUCACAACAUCACAGUGAUCCGGUCGAAAACCAGCUUGUACAUCGAAGAAGGGUCCCAGCACUACCAGUCGAUCACCCUCGACGUUGUCACUGGAUUUGAUGCGAAAGACAUGAACAACUUCACGACAAGAGCGCUGCAGCUCCGGCGUGAGUUCCACAAUUCAACGGCAGCUUAUUUUCAAGCUGGAGAGGAGUUUAUGACAAUGAUGCAUCGUAUUCACAAAGCUGUGGUUGAUAAGAUGCACGUGAUAUUCGAGGAUGCUAAACUAAUGCAGUCCUUCGAAGAGGCCAAGUAUGAUGUUGUUCUGACCGACCCCUGCUUCGGCGGAGGGGUUCUUCUGGCUCAUCGGUUGGGUCUGCCUCAGGUCUUCAAUGUACGAUGGACAAUCUUGGGCGACGGGCAUUACACAGUCGCCCCCUCGCCGCUCUCAUAUGUUCCCAUACCGGGCACUGAAAUGACUGAUAAGAUGACAUUUUGGCAAAGAGUGAAAAAUUUUUUAUUUGCCCUUAUUGUCCUCAGUAACCAGUGGAUGAUACAAAAGCCUUACUACACUCCAUUUGUCCGCCGUCACAUCGGUCCCGCCGUCCGCUAUGAUGAGCUCAUUCAGGCAGCAGAUAUUUGGCUGAUGAGAACUGACUUUACCUUCGAGUUCCCUCGCCCCACCAUGCCCAACGUUGUCUACAUGGGCGGGUUUCAGUGUAAACCCUCCCAGCCGCUUCCUCGACAUCUGGAGGACUUUGCCCAGAGCUCUGCAGAGCACGGGGUCAUUAUUAUGAGCUUGGGGUCGUUGGUGGGGAAACUCCCUGAGGAUAUAGCAGAGCAUGUGGCUGCAGCUUUUGCCCAGCUACCUCAGAUGGUCAUCUGGAGGCAUACUGGGAAGAGACCGUCCGCCCUGGGCAACAACACCUUGCUGGUGGACUGGCUGCCUCAAAAUGACCUCUUAGGACACCCAAAGACCAGAGUGUUUGUGGCCCACGGAGGCACCAAUGGACUUCAAGAGGCCAUCUACCACGGAGUCCCCAUUGUUGGCCUUCCUCUGAUGUUUGACCAGGAUGAUAACCUGUUCCGGAUGAGAAUGAGGGGUGUUGCCAAAGUGCUGGACAUCGGCACAUUGAACACGGACAACUUCCUGGAGGCGGUGAAGGCGGUGCUUUAUGAGCCGUCCUACGGGGAGAACAUGCGGGAGCUCUCCAGACAGCACAGAGACCAGCCCAUGAAGCCCCUGGACCGAGCCAUGUUCUGGAUCGAGUUCGUCAUGAGGCACAAGGGAGCUGCUCACUUAAAGAGCGACUCGUACAGGAUGUCCUGGAUUCAGUACCACUCCAUCGAUGUCAUCACACUGUUGCUUGUUUCGGUCGUGGGGAUGACACUCAUCUGUAUUUUGACAGUGAACUGCUUGUGGUAUAAAGUGUUUGGUGGGAGGAAAGGAAAAAUUGAGUAAUACAGAUGCCUGAUCAAAAGGAAGCACAAAAGGAAAAAAAAAAGGGAAAUGGAGGAGGAGGAAUGAAAAGGAAAGUUGCAAAAAAAAAAAAAUCUUGUACAGUUGAAUUUUGAUGAAGACGGUACAGAAGCACAAAAUAAA